UCCUUGCACAACUCCUACAAAUGUUGUUAAAGUGUUUUCUUCUUCUUCUUAAAUAAUAGAGGCGGAUAAAAUCAGGAAAAGUGAGUUCAUCAAUUUUUAUUGUAAGUAUAUAUAGUUGAGCUCUCAUGAAAAGCAAUGAGUGAGAUACACCCUACGUGUAUACAUAUACUGCUGCUAUUUAUUUAUCUUGUCACUGCGAACAUCAAUAAGACGCUACUUUCAAUCACUGCGUUACACAUCUACACAUUUCAUUGUUUUUUUUUUUUUUAUUUUAUUUUCACAUUUAGAAUCAUCGAAUCAUUGAAAAAAGUUAUAGCAAAAAUCGUUUGUGAUCUGCACAGAAAAAUUAUAGUAUAUAGUAGCUUUUUCGUCCAUGUUUAGAAUAGAAAUUGAAAUGACAAUCAGGAGAGGAAGAAAUGUCUUAUAUUCUUUUACCUGGUUGAUUUGAGUGUAAAUGAAAUUGGAAGUAAAGUUUGGUAGGUCUUUAAAAUGUUUUUUGGUCGAUAGGAGAAGAAUGUGAUCUUUGAUAUUAUAUGCAUAGCAGAUGGUUCGUUGAGUCGGGAAUGGAUUUCAUUAACUGGAGAGAUCUCGUUUCGUUCAAGACUAGAAACGCGACUUGCGCGAACUGCGGAAGCUUGUUGGAAUUGUGGUUUGGGUUCGUUCUUUGUGAUUUGUGCUUAUGCACUGUUGUAGGAGACACUUUGGAUCUUCGAGAAUCGGAAGAGGAAGCCGAAGAAGCUCAGCAGACACAGACAGAGGAGGGCAGCGACGGCCCUGAGCCGGAAACAGGGGUGAAAUGCGCCCCCGUCGUCAUCAUCAAACGGCCACGGCUCAUCCACGGACGAUCGCUCGUCAACAAUUGGGAAAAGAAAUUGACUAGCACACAUCCAUCUGCCGAAAUUCGGGAAGCAGCCGUCGGCUUGACGGUCUGCCCAACCACUUGUGAGACCAUCAGGAUGGGUGGAGGGUUGAAUGGCUGGUUGCAAAGAUGUCGCGAAUCACGAAGACUUGUACUCGUGAUUGUCGCCAUCGCUUUGCUACUGGACAACAUGUUACUAACCACUGUCGUUCCCAUCAUCCCGGAGUUCCUGUAUGAUAUUAAACAUCCAAAUUCAACUUUGAGUCAACACCUAGAGGGAGCAUCCCCCGUAACAACUGUCAGCCUGGCCACAACAACAUUAACAACACCGACAGCAAAUAAUCUUUUGACAACGGCUUCUGGAAUAAGAUGUUCAUGUUGGAAUUCAUCAUCGAAUCAUACUCAUCCGGAAUAUUUUAAUUAUAAACCCACCCCUUUUACCGAAAUUUCAACUAUCAAUGUAACAAGUAUUGAAGAAAGAGAAAAAGUGGAAAGACAUCGAGAACUUGUGGAAGAAACUGUAGCAGUUGGAAUUAUGUUUGCCUCCAAGGCAUUUGUUCAGUUAUUAGCAAAUCCUAUUGUAGGUCCUCUCACUCACAAAAUUGGAUACGACAUUCCCAUGUUUACCGGAUUCAUUAUAAUGUUCUUAUCAACUUUAAUAUUUGCGUUCGGACGAAGUUACGGAAUACUGUUCUUGGCUCGUGCUCUGCAAGGAAUAGGAUCAUCAUGUUCAAGUGUUUCUGGUAUGGGUAUGCUGGCGGAAAGGUAUCAAGAUGACAAAGAACGUGGAAAUGCAAUGGGGAUUGCUUUAGGGGGAUUAGCUCUGGGAGUAUUAAUUGGUCCUCCGUUUGGGGGCAUCAUGUACGAAUUUGUAGGAAAAUCUGCUCCUUUCUUGGUUCUUUCUGCACUUGCUCUUGGGGAUGGAUUGCUGCAACUACUUAUGCUUCAACCUUCAAUAGUUUACACAGAAGUAGAGCCACCGUCUUUAAAAGCCCUCAUAACAGAUCCGUAUAUUCUACUUGCUGCUGGUGCUAUAACUUUUGCAAAUACUGGUAUUGCCAUGUUGGAACCUAGUCUUCCCAUUUGGAUGAUGGAUACAAUGGGUGCGAGCAGAUGGAAACAGGGGGCCACAUUUCUUCCAGCAAGCAUCAGUUAUCUUAUUGGCACAAACCUUUUUGGACCGCUCGGUCACAAAAUGGGAAGAUGGCUGGCAUCUUUGAUCGGACUUGUUGUUAUUGGAAUUUGUUUAAUAUGUAUACCUCUUGCGAAAAGUAUCAACCACCUGAUAAUUCCCAAUGCCGGUUUAGGAUUUGCAAUUGGCAUGGUCGAUAGUUCAAUGAUGCCAGAAUUGGGAUAUCUAGUAGACAUUAGACACACGGCGGUUUAUGGAAGUGUUUAUGCUAUCGGUGAUGUCGCAUUCUGUCUGGGCUAUGCUAUUGGACCUGCUCUAAGUGGAACUCUGGUGAACAGUAUAGGAUUUGAGUGGAUGCUGUUUUGGAUUGCGAUUCUUAAUUUCUUGUAUGCUCCUCUUAUGUACUUCUUAAAAUCUCCACCAACAAAAGAGGAACAGAAGUCCCUCAUAAUAGGAGAGAAAUCUUGCGUUCGAUACGAGUCCUACCAAAAUGAUGAAGAGGAGCCUUAAUGAUGAAGAAAGAUAUACGAAUUUUCAGCUUUUUCAUUUUAAUUUUGAAAAUAUUGAAUUUUUCGUCUUCUUUUUAAUUUAAUUAGAAUCUAUAAAUAUCGACCAAUUUCCCCGCGUUAAAAUGAUGAGCAUUAAGAUAACGUAUAUUUAAGAGUUUUUUGAUUAUAGAACUUUUCAUUUUAAGCGUUGAAAAGUACAUGUAAGAAUUUUAAGCGCUUUCUGGAUGAAAUCAAAUACACAUUCGUUGGCAAACUAAAAACAAUUUAGAAGCAAAAACAAUGACCUGUAAUAAAAAUGAUGCUUUUAAACGUAGAAAGUAUAUAAAAAUUAUAAUAUUAAUAUAUAAAAUUAGAUUUUGUCGUGAAAAACAUAAAACAAUUUCUACAUGUAAUUAUUAUUGUAAUUAUAUAUAACUGCAUUAUUAUCUCUAACAAAUGUGUUAGUAGACAAGAAAUACAUAAAGUAUAUGAAGAAAAAUAUUUCGAUUCUGGAUGCAUUGCUCUGACCGUACAACAAAUAAUUAAAUUCAUAUUUAGGAAAAUUAAAUAAAAUUUUUCACUGAAUUUUACCUUAGAGCUGUUUUAUCCUCAUAUAUUAAUUAAAGGAUAUUAUAUUCAGAAUGUGAUAUGAAAAAUUGGUUCUUAAGGUAGAAUGAAAUAUUUAAAUAUCACAUGUUACGUCUUUCACUUAUAAAAUUUAUAAAUAAAAGUUAAAAAUAUAAAAGUUGUCAAAUAUAUAAUCACAAUAAAAUAAUUAUAAAUAUCGAAAUAAAAGCAAUGAUGUAUAUUAUGAAAUAUGCGAUGCAAGGCAACUUAUUAUUCAUAUUAUAAUAUUUGGUGAGAAAAACCCAUAAUAGUCUUGUGCACCUAAUAUUUAUUCAAUAAUAUGAAAAGUUGCAUAUUGUUUAGACAAAAGAUGAAAUAUAUUGACAUAUAAGUAAUAAUCGAAAUUUCAUGUCGUGGGUCUAUAAGUGUAUUAAAUAUAUUAUUCUACAUGAAUAUUGCAUAUAAUUGUUAAAACUUGAACUGAAUCUUUAUUAUAGGCAUAUAAGAAUUACAGUAAAUAUCAAAGCUAUUCAUAAAUUGCGAAUCCUAUAAUGACUUUUUAAUGGGGAUGAAAUCUUUAAAAUUCAAAAUUUAUAAAAAAAAAAGAAGGAAACCACCUGAUUUGGAUUCCCUGAAUGGCUGCAGGGAAACCGUGCGAUAAAUGCGAUCGGGUUAAUUGAAGCGCUCCUUAUAACAAUAAUUGAUUACAUUUUUAAAAUAUUCUGCAUGAUUGAAAAAAUGACGAAUCCCCAAUAAUGAAAAUGACGAUUUUAAUUUUUUUUCUUAUUAACAACAGUUUUAAAAAAAUUGAGUUUAUAUCAACUUUUGUAUUUAAUUUAUGCCUAUAAAUUUUUUUAACUUCGUACAAACUUGCGUUCUUUAACAUUACUUUAUCGAAAUUUCAUAUUUUCGCUUUUAUGUUUAAAAAAAAGGUUUGAAAUAUUUGAAAAGAACGUGUUCUUUAUAUUAAUGUCAACCGAAUUUAGAUAAAAUAUGAGGGAAAAAUGAUUAUUAAAUUUCCAGACAACACACGAAUCAUAUGUGAGAGAAUUCGCAGUUGAAAACUAUGAGAAAUAAAAUGUAUAUUUUGAAAAAAAAAAAUAAAAUAUAUAAAUACAUGGAAAAACUCGAUGUUUAACGUUAAUAUUAUCUAGAUGUUAAAGUUUAAAAUAUCUUUGUUUUAAUGUAAGAAACUGUCUAUAUAUUAAAAUUUAAUAUCUAGAGAUUUGAUGUAUUGAACGUUAAUGUUACGCAGUUUUUCUGCGGAUAUCAAAUUGAGACAAAAAAACGAAUCAAAAGUGUCAACUUUUGAUUCGUUUUUUGUCUCAAUUUGAUAUCCUGAGAAAAAAUGUGGUCGAGUAAAUGAAUAUAUAAUUUUUAGUCAAAAACAGAAUUAAUGUUUAAAUUAUAGAUUAUUUUCAAAUAAAGCAACCAAAAAAUAUAUCAAGAAUAGAAGUGCAGGUUAUUAUUUAAACCAUAAAAAUUUAAAAGUCUGUAAACUUUUGCAAAGAUUCGAUAUUUUCUAUAUUAUAUUUAUAAAUUUACAAAGAAUUUGAAAAAAUCGGUAAAAUAAUAUAAUCUUUUCUUUAAUAAAUUAUAUGUAAAGUGAAGAAAAAAGUCUAGUCUUCUGCUGCCAAUUCAAAAAAACAAUAGGUAUAUGCAGUCUGCAAACCUACUCCCGGUACGGAACGCGAGUCAAUUCGUUGUCUCGGAAUUUGAUAAUCGCUCUUCUCUUUCUAUAUAAAUCAAGAAAUAUAAAAAACGCUGAAUUCGAAGUCGAAAUAUUUGCCAAAUAAAAAGAGACAUUUGUUUAACUAUAAACAUAUAAGUAUAUAACGCAAUUGCGGAAAAUGUUAUUUAAGAGUAUAGAUUAAUAACAGAUAUUUAUUAUUGUACUUGUACUUAAGAAUUUUUAGUAAAUUAUUUAUAUACGCCUCAGAAAAUAUUUUCAAAAGACAACCAAGGCUAAUACAACAUAAUUUGAUGUUGUUCCUGGUACGAUUCAACUAUAUUAAUUUUCUUAAUGUCCGUCGAUGGCGUGUAUUAAAAGAAAGAUAAAAGAAAGACAAAUGAAUUCAUCACCUUGACAGUCUUUGAUUGUGUUUAUCGUUUCAAAUUUGAAUUCGUAUUAAAAGAAAAUUAAAAAUUAAAAAUUAAGAAAAGUUUGAAAAGAAAAAAGAAUAUUUUACGUAAAAGCCUAUAUACUAUAAAUUGCUUGCUAUUACCAUCACCAUAUUACUGAUAUACUAUAAAUAUACUGCUACUACUGGUAGUUUAAAUCUGUGUUCGAAUUGCAAUGCAAUCAAAAAUGGUUUAAAAAGCUGUGUAAACGGGUCACGUACAGCUUCCAUAGAAUAGUAGAAGUCUAACUAUACAACGAAACAUUAAAUACUUUUAUUUCUAGAAACAACAUUUUUAGCAUAAAUUCAUAAGCGUAUGAUUGAACUUUUUUUCUUUUAUUACCAUAUAAAUUUAUAUUUUAAUAAAAAGUUGUCUUUUCUAUAUGUUUGUCAAAAAAUUUCUCGAACGAAAUUUCAAUGCAACGAAUAGUGAAUUGUAAAGAUUUCUAAAAAGUAUGUAACUAGUAUAGAUUAUUAUAUUAUAUUAUUAAUUACAUCAACAAAUGGUUUAUUAAGAAGGGUUGUGAUAAUAAAUUAGAAACUAUAUCGAAAGGCAUUAUCGUUUUAAGUUAUAUUAUAAUUUCGUUAUGUAAUCGAAAUUAGUGACUCGUCGAGGGCUGCUAUUGUGAACAGACAAUAAGCAAUCAAAAAACGCAUCUCCCAGUAGUUGAUGAAUAGGAAAUCGAUUAUUUAUUUAAUGAAAAUGAAACAAAAAAAGUUUUUAAUUUCAUCCUUACACAGAUUGUAUACCUAAUCUAAAAUUCUAAAAUUACUCCUCCAAACAAAAAACUUGCGUCUUGUCUGUAAAAGCAUGGAAGGAGGGAAAAAAGUAUAGUUUACGCAUGAUAAUGUCUUACAUUCUCUAAUUUUGUCUCUAAUGAAAAAGUUACAAUGAAUGUAAAAAAGUAUAUUUAUGCAUUAUUUUAUCGUCUAUUUCCAUAUUUAUAGUCAGCUGGUAAAUGGGUCCGAUUUAAAGUCUUUGUAGAAAGAAACAAAGGCUUGAUUUACGCAGAAUAUAUACUAUAAUAUAUGUACGUGUUAUUAUUUUGAAAAAUAUUUAUUCCUUACGUGUAUGUAGCUUGAAAUUUAAUUAACGCUAUAUUAUAAAAAUAUUCGGCUUCGAAUUGCGUUUUGAAUUUCGACAAAAGAAUGAUACAAUUUAAAUUGACAACGACAAGGACUUUGAAAAUGAUAUUUUGGAUGAUGCUCAUAUCAAAACUGAAAAAGAAAAAAAAAUAGCAUAAAUUUUGCUUAAAUGCAUAAUUAAUAAUUAUUCGAAUGGCAUAAUCAAAACAUAAUAUGUAAAAUAGAAGCAAUAAGUUACUUUAUUCUGAUAGUUUAUGUACCUGUAUUAAUUGUAUGGACAAUAUAUUGCAUGUGUACUAUAUAAAUAAAUUUGACGUUGAUAUAGA